GCAUAGAUAGGUGAAGCAUUUUAUGGCUACUAUUGCCUAUGAAUUUUUCAAAUAAAUUGCUUUAAAACUGUCCUUUGUAGUUUGACCGCACCAGAAAUGGCUGUAGCCCGACACCAAUUGUUCUUUCUGGAAGCGAUUUCGGCGAGAUCGGUGAAAGUAGCGAAAAUGUAAAUAUUUUGAAAAGCUGGAAUAUUCGAGUAAGUCAAGGGAGCAAGGUGACAUUGAUAAUGAAUUUAAUGAAAUUCGAAUUUGAUGAGGGUUGCCCAAAUGACUAUAUUGAAGUUCGAGAUGGUGGCUUGUCCUCCAGCCCUUUGAUCGGCAGAUACUGCAGGAGCCCGCCGUCCAUGCACGUGACGUCAUCCACAAAUAGCCUUUAUGUUACAUACAAAAGCGAUGCUUCUUUUGCAAGCCAUUUCAAGCUGUUCUAUACGGCAUCGGACGGGCCAGCUGUUGAAAAUAAAGAUGUUGUCAUCAAAAGCAAGAAGGACGGGAAAUGCUUUGAAGCAGAUUACUCAAAAGCCAACGUUAUAAUGAACACAGGAUGCAAAGAUCUCUUCACAUAUACAAAGCAAAGCACCUUGCAGCACCAGGGUACAGGCUUGUGUUUAGAGCCUUAUGACUGGUACGGCAGUUAUAACAAAUGGCACAAAAUCUUGCUGAAAGGAGACUGCUCUAGCCAUGCUUCGGUAUUCAUUUCGACGUCCCAAGACUCAUUUGUACAUGCUGCAAGCGGAUAUUGUCUAUACAACAGCAAUGGUAACCUGCACAUAAUGACCUGCGAUGGAACGUCUUCAACAAAAUUCUCAAUAAUCAAAGAUAGUGGACCAACAACAAAACCACCGAUUCAAGGCUCAUUCAGAAUACAGCAUUAUAGCAAGAAGUGCUUCAACUUCGACUCUGCAAACCAAAGAAUCCAGCUAUCAUCUGUCUGUGACGACUUAUACUAUCUAAGCACUACAAAGUCUCUAGUACACUACGCAACUGGUAAAUGCGUGAGGCCUUUGUCAAACGGUGACAAUUCCUACAUCGCACUAAGCGCAAACUGUGACGACAACACGAAGUUCGAGCUCACAUCUUUUGGGUCACUGAGACAAAUCAAGACCGGUUCUUGUGUCCAUCCACUGAAUGGAGCUUUGUAUCCAAAGGAAGGACAGCCUGUAGUCAUUUAUCGAGGGUGCGAUGUGGACCGAUUGAAAUUUUCAUUCGUGGCACCCCCAGUUAGAACAUUUAUCAUCAAACACUACAGUGGGCUGUGUGUCUCCCUGCGCUCAUCAAAUAACAGACUUCGUCUUCACUCUGACUGCUCGCAGAAGUUCAGCCUUACUGCAGACAGUGCAUUGAAACACAUGCAAUCAGGCAAAUGUGCCCUGCCAGAGAGCCUCAACGAUGAUGCAAGAAUCAGUCUCACAAGUGACUGUAGCAAUGCUGAUACACGUUUCAGACAAACAUCAACAUUCUCAAUGGAGCACAUUUCGACAGGGAAAUGCGUACAUCCAUUUUUGGGCGCAACAUAUCCUUCUGCAGAUACCGAUAUCGUUAUUUACAGUGGUUGUAAUGAGAACAGAUUGCAGUUUAAAAUCAUUUAUGAAAACUGAUUCACGCGGAACUGCAUGUCUGAAUUAUCAACUACGGACCAGAUCAUGACGUAAUUGUUACAAUAUGGAAUUAUUUACAUUAAAAUGAAAACAUUUUCACAA